GGUCACGAAUUGACACACUUCUAUUUAGUAACAUGAAUUGUACUUGUUGAGCUACAAAUUUUGAGAAUAUGUUGCAACCAUCGAGACAACAAAUACUACGGCUUUAUAAGCAUCUCAUCCGCUACGGAAAUCAUCUGAAAUUAACGGACAAGAACUAUUUCUUAGGACGUGUGCGUCACGAGUUCCGCGAAAACCGGCAGCUUUCGAAUCCUCUAGAGAUCGAAUUUAGCUUUAAGCGCGGCGAAACGCUGCUUAAAAAAGGACGUAUACUCUAACAAUGCUCCGAGCAAUUACAAGUCAGUUCACCACCUUUUGCCGCCUAAGUAUGGUUCGUUGCAAAGCUACCGGCAACAUAGAUUACUCACGCUAUCCAACGCU